CCCGAUCUCAUUUUCUCCUCCUCUUCGAACCUUCACCAUCGAAAGCUCUCGUCGAGGAAAUAGUACACUAACUAUGUCUGUCGGCUGGUUGGCUCUACCACUCAUAGUUAUCGCAGCAGUACUUUCUUUCGCUCUUCCGAGAGUCCAAGGUAAUCCUACGAUCCCCCUCCGACAAGGCUGAGUCAACUCACCACCACCGACAAUCGACAGAGCCGACCUCAUUGCAGUCUACAUCAACACAAGCAAACAAUGUAUUAUGGCGAGGCGCAUUCCUCGGUCUCGUUCCUCUUGCCUUGAAUGCAAAUUACGCAAUGACCCAGCUGUCGAGUCUAGAUGUCAACUUUCCGGAGUCCAGCCUCCAUUUGCGGCUCGUAGCUCGCCGUUCGUCCGUCUCGCCGAUGCUCUCGAGGUUCUGAUUGAGCUAUCUCCCCGCGUCUGUCAAGGACACCACUUACAACAAGGAGCCAGAUAUUUCAACUGGCGACGCGCACGAAACAGUCUUUGUCCCGAAGUUACACUGCUUGAGGAAGGCUCUGCGGGUAAGCAUCCAUUCGCCUUCCUUACAUUAUUCAUCGUCACGCUAUUGCAAGCCGUCAAAAUAUUCGGCUUCGAGGGGUUAUUGUGGACCAAAGUCUGGGCAGGCUGCUUUUUGGGUUCCUAUACUGUCCUUGCUUUUGCCAAUUUCUCGCUCCCUAAAAUGGAGAAACGAGCUUCACUUCACGAUGGCUACCGGAGAAGUAUUAUCAAUCGGCAGCUUUAUUACUGUUGUGACUUAGCUUGGCGUCACUAGACUGGCUCUAGAUUGCCAUAUCUGUGUUUAUUGGUGGGCGCUUUUCGAAGUUGUAUCAGAUCAAUUCGGCUUGUUGUGUCUAGCUAUGGACAAUACAGUACCUUUUUUGUCCGUUG